AUGCCCUCUCUCGUUCAAGCAUUUUCAUGUUCUCUCCAUGCCACAAAAAAUCUUCAAAUCACUCUGCAAUUAUUUGAGUAUCAUUUGGAAUUGAGAAGUGCCUUCGGAACGAGUCAUUCCUCAACAACGCAUCGCAAAAAUUCUCUUGUUAAUAUUUCUAUUCAGGAACAGUAUCAUGAAUCAUCCCGAUCAUCGUUCUUUGAAGGGUUUGGAGAGUGUGGAUUGCCUCCUAAAAAACCCAAUUGUUAUUUGGCUGAUUUUGAUGAUAUCAAAUUUUAUUUUGAACAAUUUUGCAAACAUGUUGAACGAGAUGUAAAGAGUGAAAAAAUUCAACAGCUCCUCAAUUUUGAUGGCAACACUGAUGAUGCACAUGUCAUUUCACAAAUGUUUGAUGAGUGUUUUACUUCAACAUGUGGUACCCAAUAUUUCUCAACUCUUAAGGAAGAACUGGCCAAGUGGUCAACAUUUGUCAAAGAAAAAAACUCUGCCGCCACCGUGUCUAAUAUUCGAUCAAAUGCACUUGUCACACCACUUUUAUUGUUGUACAUCUUGGACAAGAAUGAGUACGUAGAUCAAUGUGGUAAAACGCAUCCUGAAUUUGAACAUUGCGCACAGUGUGUGAUUGAAAUGGCCAUUUUGGAUUUGUGGUCAAAAAUUGUUUCAAAACCACUCUACUCUGUCAUUGGAAUUCCUGCUCCUAUUGGCAAAUUUUCAUUCUACACAGCUGCUCUCAACGAGGACAUUCAGGAAAUUGUUAAAACGGCCAAGCUGGGCCUCACCAAAACCAAGCAUCUCAAAAUCAAGCUCGAUUCAAAUAUUGACAGAGGUAUUCUGAUUGUGAAAACUCUUCUUGAAACCUACGAAAAAGAAUAUGGUUCUAACAAUGGCCAUGACGUUACUGCGACGAGAUGGUCCAUUGAUGCCAAUACUGUAUGGACUCCCGAACUCUCUCUCGAAUUUUUGAGGCGGGUCAAAACAGAAGUACCACACUUUCUUCCUUAUUUUUACAUGUUGGAGCAACCAUUCCCAAUUUCAUUCGAGAGCUCUUCCACAAACAAUGAAAAUUGUGCUACUUUUGAAAAAGACAUCUCACUUAUCAAAAACAAGUGGAUUCAAGUCAAGCAGGAAUAUGAAAAUGCAGGAAUACUCAUUUUUGCUGAUGAAAGUGUCAACACUUUUGAAAACAUUCCUGUCCUAUGUCCGUUCAUUCAUGGAAUCAACAUCAAACUUGAAAAGGCAGGAGGUAUUCGAGGAGCCUUAAAAACGGCUAUCAUUGCUCAAUCUGAAUAUCACUUAAGGUUGUGGUUUGGUUGUAUGGUAUCGAGUCGUUUGAGUUGUACAUGUUCCUCACAUCUCAUGUCUCUCUCUGAAAUUGGAGGAGACUUGGACGGCGAUUUACUCGUGACUGAAUCAAGCCAAGCAUUCGAAAAAGGAUUCACUUGGAAGAAUGACUUGACAUUUCAUUCAAGUCUGCCUAUGAUUGGCCCACAACAUGGGGAAAUUAUUUUACAAUCAGACCAAAUACCAGGAAUUGGAGUGGAUCGAAACUUCUAG